AUGAUCAUUCUCCAUCAUAGCAUCGUCUCAACGACUCAACAAGUCGAGGCUCUCGCCUCGGAUGCUGGGCUGCUACCCAAUGGCAAGUCUGGUUCGGCAGGGCUCGAUAGGAGGGUUUCCUCUUCCAAGGUGGUUUUUAGCCGUCUUGACACGCCGCUUGUGACGGGUCCGAUAUCUGAUAUCCCAAAUUUGGACCAUCUUGCUGGCCCAUAUACCCGUCUCUGGAUCUGCACCAAGUGCAGUGCUUGUCCGCCAGGUCCACAUGGAGUUGUUGCAAACAUAUGCACGGUUAGGAGGGCGGUUGUGGUGGUGACAUGUUCUGGAAGCACUGCACAGCUUCCAGGAGAACAGGAAGACAUUCUCGAUGUUGUUGCUCUUCUGUCAACGGGUACAUCCCCCGACCUGCUGUCUCACACUGUGUCCCUCCAACCGGCUCACACCGCUACUUCGCCCUCACUACACCAACCCCUCUUUUGA